AUGUCUCGCCUACUCUGGAGCUGGUGUCUAUUCACCUCACUGGCUCAUGCCAUCUGGAACCCAAUAAUCUCCGGAUGGAAUCCAGAUCCAGCCAUCCUUCGUGUUGGUGAUGAUUACUACAUUGCCACUUCCUCUUUCGAAUACUGGCCUGGCAUUCCCAUUUAUCACAGCAAGGACUUAUUUAACUGGAAGCUGAAAUCUCAUGCCUUGACAAGACCUGAGCAGCUACAACUCUAUGGCACGCCCACUGGAGCAGGUAAGGACGUUACUUUUCCAGCCCUCACCUGGGCACCUAGCCUGGCCUAUUUCGAUGGAAAAUUCUGGCUGGCGGCCAUGACUCGAUGGACUUACGACCCCGUUGCACGCGUCUGGCCCCGAGUCUGGUUUAUGUCCUCACACGAUCUCAAAACUUGGUCGGACCCAGUCUGGGCUGAACCAUGGGGUAUUGACCCAGAGCUCUUCCGUGAUCCCGUAUCCAACAAGACAUAUCUGAACUUGAUGGCUCCAAACAAUAACAAGGACAGACUUUGGGGCCUUUCUCAGUGUGAGGUUUCUUUGUCAUCGGGUAAUUGCGUCGGGCCAUAUGGCGGCACAGAUCAGCAGCACCGAUCAACCAUCGCAAGGAGCAAGUCCCCGUCUGGUCCCUUCGUUAGCGGUCCACACAACCCUCUCCUGUUCAAUGGGAAAUGGGGCUUUACCAACCUGACUGUUCAGUCAACCGGUCAUGCUACCCUUGUUGAGACUGCGGAUGGAGAUUGGUACGCUUCAUUCCUGGCUCGCCGUAAUGUCAACGGCACAUCUCCCCUAGGACGCGAAACCUUUCUUACAAAAGUUGAUUGGAAGGAUGGAUGGCCAAUCUUCAAUAAGGGCAACCCAAUCCUCUUGAGUGAACAAGUUGGGCCAAAAGUUGGCCACCGUCAGGCUCCUCCCAAAUGGGUCGAUGACUUUUCGACAAAGAAGCUCGACCCAUCAUGGUAUCAGCUUCGAACACCCUACACCAAGAAUUACGAACUCAAGAAAGGCCGACUGGUUCUGAAGCCCAACGUCUUUGGCCUUAGCGAUCGCGAUAUUCCAGCGGCUUUACUGCGCAAACAAAAGUCUCUCAACAUGACAUGGUCAGCCGAGCUGUCCAGUUUUCGCGGAAACUUGGGUCCCAGAAACCGAAUUGGAAUCUCGUCCUAUCUUUCCGAGUUUCAACACCAGGAUAUUGGUAUCCGAGGAUGCGUGAACCAGACAGGAAUGUGCAUCUACACAGAAUUGAACAAGAAUGGCACGCAAGAAUAUUGGCAAACACCCCUCAACCAGACAAAAGGCCUCAGCAAGGGCUUCCAGUUGCACAUCAGAGCUGAGCCGCUUAAAUAUCACCUCGGUUACAGCGUUGCAGGUGACAAGCCGACCUAUGUCACCACAAUCGCAUCUUCUUGGCAGGCGUUUCCACCACCAGGCUGGUUUGUGUUUAGCGGCGCGUCUUUUGCGCUUUUUGCGACUGGAGAAGGCGAGCCUUGGCCAUAUGACGCACCCGAAGUAGGCUUUGAGAAGGUCUGGGAGACCUACUAUGAGGAAGAUAUUCCGGACUUUGAUCGAUGGGAAUGA